GAGCCUUUCGCUGUAUAAUAAAGGUGAGAUAAGGACAUCCGGCCAGAGAAUGAGAGCUGAGAUGUGUUAUCUCGGAUUUCGUGUGCCAAUGAGGAGGAUCAAGUGUCUUUACGUCAUUUUAUUUUAAAAUGAUGAAAUCUCAGAGGAAAAAAAAUUGCUGUUAAUCGGUGCAUUUGGCUUCCGGUUUCUGUGAAGCUUUUCAGUGUCCUUCCCAAUCUGGAGGAGCCGCUGGUCCGGGCAGAGCAGAUUCAGUGACAACUCUGCAGUUUAUUAAACCCCAUUGUUCUAGAGCUGAAGCAGUACAAGUUCUUCACCUUGAACCGAUUUUUAAAUCAGUGUGACUGCCGCUUCUUUCUCCUGUUGCCUUUGAAAAAGCCCAGCGAGCGCCAGGGAAUACAUGGCUCAGCACCUCCCACAUACCUAUCCGUGACAGCCUGGAAAUGCACCAUUGUCGCAGUUUUCACAAUCAUCCGACUGAAGUCGUUUGACAAUUAACCUCAUUCACAGCGGCUGCGAUGUAAGGAAAUAACACAAAUUGUUAAUCGUUCAACAGGCUUCUCUUUGGACCGGUUGAACUUGCUUCAGUGAAGAUGAGACGGAGCUUGAAAGUCAAGAUACAAAUUUCAUGGUGCAGUCCUUCAAGUUAAAGGAUAUUUAGACAUAAAGACUGAAGCAGAAAACACUUGAACAUACCAGCUGAAUGAUAAAGGAAGACUUCAAGAAUAAUGUGACAGGUUAAUUAAUGAAAAUACUGGAGAAUAAGGCAGCUGCCUGUGCACCUUUUAAAUAUAUCAGAAAUUCAUGACCUAAUGACACAAGUUACAAUCAUCUAAGUUUUACUCAAUGAGGAAGUGAUUUGAAAAUCAAAUUCUGGUAAUCACUUAUGCUAAAACAACCACUUAAGUGCCACCAAGGGAGUAAACUUAAUCAAUAUCAGUAUGUUUUCUAAUGUUAAUGGCUAAUUAUAAAUACCACAAAUGCAGAAAACAGAAAGCCAACAGUCUCAUGGGCCCAAAACUGUUUAUAUUGCAAAUAAAAACCGGUAUAAGUCAGAUGUUGUGGAAUCAGCUAAAGAGGAAAACAGAACAAAGGGCCAUAACAAUAGCUUGGAUCUGCUACCAGGAACUGCAAGACACACAGAUCCGCUCGGUGACAGGGUGCUGAACUGUAACAUGCAUCUAAACAACAGUAAUUCAGAAGAAACAAUUGAGUGUGAAACUGACGUAAACCAAACUGGAGGGAUUGAGGGAACUGGUGUGAACACAGCCACUGCAGUGGCUCCAGGGAAACAAUCACCUUUUGUAUCACUUACCUCUUCAGAUUACUGCUGCCAUCUGCAGAAGCUGUCUGUUGAAUCAAAUGCAGAAUCUACACAUGGAGAUAAAAUGGCAACAGGUAGGUGGGAGCAUCAGUCUGGAUCACAGUCAUUGGACCUCAACACAAGUUGUGAAGAAUAUUCUCUGGGAUCAUCUGUGGAACAAGAAUUUCCCAAAGACGUGACAUUGUCAUAUUGUGUUAUCAGACAAAGAUCUGGAGUUUGUGAUUCUGAGCUUCAGGAGAGUGCAAGAAGGAGGUUGUGCAUUCUAGAGAGUGAAAACAAGGAUAUUGUAGCGUUGUUUAAUGAAUUGUCAGCAAGACUAUUGUCCAUACUUGCAGAAAAGGAUCGCUUUAUUCUCACCUUCAAAACUGUAGAAGAAAUAUGGAAAUUUACAACUUAUCUUUCCCUAGGGUUUGUUGGGCGAUGUUUGGAGAACUUGUUGUUUGAUCAACACCUCUGGUUGAACGUUUCUCUUGUGGAAGAUGUAAAGAUUCAAGUUGAAGUGAAUGAAGCUGAUUUAUCAAUGAUGUAUCUGGAUCUUUUAUUACAGGAAGGGCCCUUCUUCACCAGAAUCUUAUCGAAUAUUCUGAAGAAUGAAGAGGAAGACGUGCACAUCUGCAAGGAUGACCUCAUCAUGCUUAAAGAUAUUGGAAACACCUUAAAAUGGGAAGCAACUUCACUUUCGACCAAUGAAACGGGCCUUCUUCCGUCGCUGAUUAGUUACAAUACAGUGGCAUUCAUUCACAGAUGGUUCCUGAAGGUCACAGCAGGAAAAUUCAAUGGAUAUAAGGAAGCUAAACAGCACCACUUUGCUCAGUCAGUCGGUACUGGUACCUGUGUUGCAACUAUGGAUUACCAAGAGGGCGAGGCAGAUGAAUUGCAUUUCAUUAAAGGAGAAAGAAUUCAGAUCAUCGGCUUCCUACUUUCUAACCUGCAGUGGGUUUUGGGAAAGUCUUUAUCUUCUGGAGAAACUGGGUUUGUCCAAAUAAGACACAUGCAACCUGACCAAUUCACAGCAUUGGCUGCCCAUCUCUUGUUUAUAAGCGAUGAAGAAAAAUCAUCUCUGGUUACCUUUAAAAAACCUGAUGAACAGCAUUGCAUCAAUCUCCUGAACAAGCUCUGCCAAACUGACAUCAGCACAGUUUAUCGUUUAGGAGACCUCCUUCAUUCAACAUCUGCAAACCAUCUCCCUUCUGGUCUAACUGGACUUGUUUGUGGAAGGAACAUUCCUGAGAUAAAUUCUUCUAAACCUAAGGAAUUUCAAAAAUUUGUUCCAGAGCCAGAUCAACUUGAUGAACCGAAGUUCUGUAUAGACCAUAAUCUUGAAGGCUUGGAUGAUCCUGCAACCUUUGACCCUUUACUACUAUUCCUAAACCAUGAAGAAUAUGUGGUGCACUUCAAACAAUUCUAUGAUUUGUCCUUUUCCUUUGUAGGGUCUUCUUUAUUUGGGGUAACUGAAGAAAAAAAAGUAUUACAAUAUUUGGAAAUGGCAAGAGAGAUAGCCAAAAGAUACAACAAACAUUGGGCUUAUUCCAGAAUCUGUUUCCUUUUAGGAAGACUUUGUGCGAAAAGGCUCAGGUUCUCACAGGCCAGAGUUUACUUUGAAGAAGCAAUGACUCUGGUGCAAGGGUCAUUUUCUGACUUAUAUCUAUUGACUGCUUUGUAUGUAAACUUGGCUUCUGUGUACUUGAAGCUAAAAAUGAAAGAGAAAUCUCAUAACCUUGUUGAAAAGGCUGCAACUCUUCUCUUGUGCAUCCCUUGCCAUAUUUUUAGCUCGGAGAAUGAAUUAGAGAUACUUAACAUGAUACUUAAAAAAGCGAUGAUUGCUGAUGAUCAUCUCCUGGAGGCACGUGUCUGUUUUCUGAUAUCAAAACUUUUUUUGGAAAUUGGAAAGUCUGAAGAAAUGUUGCCAUUUGCUGAACAUUUGCAGUUUCUUUCAAAUAAUUUUGGUUCGAAAAGCAAUAAAGUCCCAGUAGAUGUGUAUUUGAUUUUAAGCUCAAUAUAUAAGAAAAAAUGCUUACCAGAACUUGCACUAGCAGCAUUAAGACUUGCUCAACCUGGCUCAAGCAACACGUUGUUUGAUUCUCUGCAGAAGACUGAUCUGGUCAUGGAAAUAGUCUCAAAAUCAAACUAUCCAGGGUAUUGUAAUUGUCAAAUAGCUACACAAGCUGCAUUUUACCUUCAAGAGGCUUCAGAUCUCUCAACCAAUGUGAGCGAUAUAAUCAUUCAGAGAGACUUGUAUUUCGCCUUGGCCAAUCUAUACCAGCAAUAUAAGCUAUAUGAAAGGGCAAUUGAUUUCACGACAAAAUCUGCAGAAAUAGCAAAAUACAUCAACGAUUGGGGAGCUUUCAGAAUCUCUCUUUUUCUUGCUUGGUUGUAUAUUUUAAAUAAUCAGCCUGUUGUGGCAUUUGGAAUAUUGAAUUCCCUUUUGGAAUCAUCACUUCAGACAUAUGGUCCUAUCGAGCUGGGAGUUGUUCAUAACAUGUUGGCAAUAUCUUUAAGGAGGAAAGGUACACUGAAGGAAGCUUUGGAAAACUGUCUGUGUGCAAUAAUGGCUGCAGAAGAGACUGGUAUAAAACAUAACCAAGCUAUCGCUAAUGCUAACUUUGGGUCUCUGAUUCUGUGUUGUAAACAUUUAACACUGCCGGAACGCUACCUCAGUAAUUCUCUGAAUAUAUAUUUGGAAAUGCAAGACUGCAGCUUGGAAUCAGAUUGUGUGCAAGUACUUCUUUGUUUAGGACAAUACUACGUGGACAGAGGCUUGAGGGAGAACGGUAGACUGAAUUAUGAGCUAGCACUUCUUAUUGCCAUGAAAAACAAUAGUAUUUAUUACCAAAUUCAGGCUCUUGAACAACUCUGCAGUUUUUAUGAGAACAUUUUAUACGAUAAACAGCAAUGUAGAAUAUAUUAUGAGCACUGGCUGACACUUUCCCAAAAGUUAAAGGACAAGGAGCAAGAGAUGAAAAUUUUGAAAAUUCUAAGCCACCUUCACCUGUCUUUUAACACACAGAGUUCCUACAGAUUGUCAUUAGAUUAUACCAAACAGAACCUGAGGAAUUUUAUUGAUCUCGGAAUGCAUUACAAGGAAGCAAAGGCAUGGCUGCUGGCUGGAAAGCUCUAUUACCUGAUGGAAAAGUACGAACUUGUUGAGCUGUACUUUCAGGCAGCUAUACAAACAGCACAGCGAAUGGAGGAUUUGCACUUUAUAAUGAAAAUCAAUGAAGCAGCAGGGGAUAUGUUUUACAAUGGGCCUAGGGAGCGAGAGAAAGCAAUAUCGUUUUAUAGGACUGGGGCAAUCCCGCUGGCUAGGAUGACAGGAGAUACUGAUGCAGAGCUCAGACUUUUUAAUAAAUUGACUGAGCUUAGUAUUAUACUGAACCGUUUAGAACAAGCCCGAGAAUAUGCAAUUGCAGCUGUAAGACUCAGCAUAAAUACUGGAAGCCAACUGAAGGAACAAAUCGCUUUUUAUCGACUAGCAACAGUGUACUACUUAUACCAGCAAUAUGAGAUGGCUGAGAACUAUUACCUGAAGGCGUUGUCACUCAGUCCCUACACAUUGCAAUCUGAUAAAGAAGCGACGUACUACAUGAAGGUUUACUUGAGACUAGGUGACAUUACACUCCACAAACUCAAGGAUGCACAUGAUGCUGCUGGCUACUUCCAUUUGGCUUUUGCUGCAGCUACUGAAGUAGGGAACAAGCAAGAUUUGUUUACUGUUUCCACCAGACUUGCCAACAUUUAUAAGAAUUACAUUGUGAAUGAAGAUCUGCAUUUGCAGUUUGUUCAGCAAGCCAAGGCUCUUGCUACACAAAUGCAAAAAUAAUCCCAUGAACAAGCUAAUGUGAAGAUACAUAAGAUAUAGAAUGAACUCCUGCAUCAACUCCAUUUACUACAGCAAUUAUUUGUUUGAAAGGAAUUGUUGUAUACAGAUGCAUUUACUUUCCCUUUACAUUCAAGAACAAGUAUGAAGACCAAAGACCCAUACUAUAAGAUCAUCAGGGUUAAAAGCAAAAGGAUGUUACAAGCAUCUAAAUAAGUGGUAACUGGGAGAGGACACGUCAAAUUCUAAGAGCCAGGGAAUUAAGCAGAAGAAAAGAUGGAUGGAAGAAGAUGCAAUCCACAGUUUUCAGUUUCUUGGGAAUAAUUAGAUCACAAUUAUUGUCAAGUUAUUUUGUUCUAUUCUGAUAACCAAAAUGAAAAAGAAACCCAGAAACAUCUAGUAGUGACAGGAUUAAUGUUUUCUUCAGAUUGUUCUAUAAUCGAAAUAAAUUAACACUGCUGAAUGCUUACAAUAGCCAGGCAGCUAGAGAGCUAGAUUAAUUGAGCACAGUAUUUUGGAAACAUUCCAAUAUUGUAGACUCCAAUAUGUUUAGUUUUACUUUGGAAAUGAUUCUGAAUACUAUGGUUAUUUAAGACAAAAAAUAAGAUUAUAUAUUGAGCUUGUAGAACUACAAAAUUCAGCAUGCUAACAAUGGUAACUUAUGAUUGCAUUAACAAAAAAAAACUAUUGGUGCCACAGUAUUUCUAUAAUGCAUACAAAAGUGCAUGUGAAGAUAUAUGGCUGCUUCAUAUAAAAAUAAGCUGGAGUUCAUGAUGGCCCUAUGAAAUCAAAAGUUCUUUUUAAAAACUGCCAUUUUGGAAAAACAACACUACAAGACAUAUUUACAGUAAUACAGCAUUCUUACCUCAUUCCUGACAAGCUGUCAUACCUAAUCUGCCUUUCUUUUCAUUUUUUCACCUAUUGGGAGAUCCUCAAAUAGAUGCAUUUAGAAAUGUAGAAAUAAUUAUUGUAAGUUUGCUCUUUUCCUGAACUCUUUCUAUGACAAGUACUUGAACAUCCCCCUCCAAAAGGUGUUCACCUCUAAGUACCACACUUUGUAUAUGCAACAGUGACAUACAGUCUUACUAAGAAUACACUUCAGGGAAGACAAGUAUUAGAUUGUCUCUUAAACUGAGAUAUGAUAUCAUGAAAUCCACAAAGGAUAUGGAAUAAAUAUUUGACUGAGAAUAUUAUCUUCAGCUAAAUUACAUACAUUUAAAGUAAUUUGAAUAUGAUUAGUUUUGUGAAACAGACAAAAAAAAUCAAAGUCUUGUAUAUGCCACGGAUAUAAAUCGAGAAGUGAGUGUAAGCAGAAAUUCUAGAGAUGUAAUAAUCCUAUCAUUUUCGAUAGUAAAGAGUGACCUGUGAAGAUAUAACCUAAGUUAUAUGGGCGGCACGGUGGCACAGCAGGUUAGCCCUGCUGCCUCACAGCGCCAGAGACACGGGUUCAAUUCCCGCC